AUGGCUGCAACAUUUUACCGUAGAAGUUUUUUUAAUUUUAAAAAAAGUUUAUUUACGAAUCAAAAAAGAAAUUCAUAUAUUAUUUUAAUUCCAGAAACAGCUGAAGAACUAGCAGAGGGAACUUUAACAUCUUUAGAAAGCCUACCAAAUUUUUCAAAAUUAAAUCCGAGAUCAUGUAGAAUGUUAGUACACAAAUUGGCCGAACAUUUCAAUAGCGGAUGUCAGGAAUUGUGCGACAAUUUUAACAAUGUUACUUCAUCGAAAAAUAUUUUCAAAUACUUAUUAGAGCCAUUAGAAAUUAUGUCAGUUCCCUUUUUAUCCUCGUACAGAACAGUAGAAACUUUACAUUAUGCCAACAAUAAUGUUAUUACAAAUAGUAUAUUUUACCCAUUGUAUAGUAGAGUAGUGCAAACUUUAAAUGAAAAAUUUUGCAAUCAAGUUAUAUUUAAAGCUUGCAAAGAAAUGUUGGAAGAUGAAAAGAACCAGUGCACACCGGAAGAAAGGAGACUUUUGGAAAAAUAUGUUUGGGAGGGUACCUUAAAUGGUCUGUCUCUUCCAGAAAGUGAAAGAGAAGAAUAUUCUAUAGCUAAUCGAGAACUCAUUACUAAUAAAGUUUUGUAUGAAAGGAAAUUAAAAACAGCAAAAUAUUUAUUUAGACAAACAAUAACUGAUCCUAAAUUUGCCGAGGAAAAUCCGUUAGAUCUUGUAAGGAAUACUGCAGCAAAUUGGGAUGAUUUAAAUGCAGGACCUUGGUUUAUUACUUUAAAAAAAACAGUAUUUUCAAGAUAUCUCGAAUACUGCCCUUCAGAGGAAGCUCGUAAACACAUGUUUAUAUCAUACAAUCAAUUGUGCUCGAGGUUUGGUGACUCCAGAUUAAAAGUCACACAUGAAUUUGAAAGCAUUAGGAAAUAUAGGUUAUUAUAUGCUAAAACAUUAGGAUUUCCCUCCUACGCACACUUGUCCAUGAAAAAUAAAAUGGCGGAAAAUGUAGAAAACGUACAAGGAGUUUUAACCGUAUUGUUAGAAAAUUCUAAAAAUGCCCACGAAAGAGAAUUAUACGAACUCGAGAAAUUCGCUUUUGACAAUGAUUUUAAAAAACCCAUUGAAAGUUGGGAUUUUCCAUACUGGUCAAGAAUGUAUUUAAAAAAGGAAUUAAACAUCGACGAAAUGACUUUAGUUAAUUAUUUUCCAUUUUCUCAAGUAUUGCUCGGAGUUAUUGCUCUUUGCGAACAACUUUUUGGAAUUGUGAUUGAAGAACAACUAUCUGUCGAAGGUUGGCAUCGUGACGUACGAUUUUUCAGAAUAUCAGAUAGUAAAACUAAAAACGUACUGGGUGGAUUUUAUUUGGAUCCCUACGCGAGCAAAAAUAAAAAAAUAAAAGAUCAAGAAACGAGUCAUUUUGUUCCCAUCAAAUCAAAAAGUAAAAUUUGUAAUUCUAUUGCUUUAUCCGCAUUGAUAUUUAAUUUUAGUCCACCUGAAUUGGACAAACCAUCUCUUUUAUACUUAAAAGAAGUUUCAGAUUUUUUUGAAAAGUUUGGAUACAUGCUCCUUCACACAUUGACUGAAGUAAAAUAUUCUGAUUUGUCUGGAUUGGGAAUCGAACCCGAUGCCUUGGGAAUUCCAAGUCAAUUGCUAAUGUUUUGGAUGUACGAGAAAGGGACGCUCGAAAGUAUUAGUGGCCAUUACGAAACGGGAGAACCCUUACCUAGUCAUAUAUUAGAUAAUUUAUGUAACCAUUUCAAAUACAUGGCAGGCACCAAUUUGUGCAAAAGGAUAUAUUUAUCAAAUUUAGAUAUGGAAUUAAAUUUAUCGACCGAUGGAGUACUCGAAAUCGUACAGAACUUGUGGCCUAAACAUAUACUUUUUAAAUUGUUUUCACUCGAUAAUCACCCGUUUGGAAUGGAAGAAAUAGUAACGGGUUCUUGGAGUGCUUCUUUGUACAGUGAUAUAUGGUCAUACAUGGUGGCAGCAGAUGUUUAUCUGGCAUUUGCAGAAGCCGGAUUUAACAAUCAAGAAAAACUUUCUCAAAUUGGGAAAAGGUUUAGGUCGACAUUUUUAGCUACCGUAGGAGGACAAAGUGCAAAAGAAGCCUUUAGAGAAUUCAGAGGACGUGAUCCCGAUCCACAAUCCCUUAUAAAACUUUUGAAUUUAAAACAAUCCGCGUUUGCUCCAAGUUCGGAAGGGGAUCCAGUUUUGACAUCUCAACAAUAUAUCGAAAGUUAA